CAGCGCCCCCUUGUUUGUGUGUGGAGAAGCAGCACAGCGGCUAAUGAUAGCAACGGACACUACCGGGAAAAAUAAUUUAAUAUUGUGUUCUCUCACACUCUUGUCGUCCAGUAAAAGUUGCGAAAGGAGUUGUUUUUCCCGUUCCUUGCUACAUUUUUCACCGGGACCGAAGGACUCUUUUUAAUCCCGCGGACGGGGGACGCGGCCUGCUUAUGUAGCCGGCUUCCCGGUGCUCCUCAGGCGGCUUGCGCUGUCAGGAGAGCCCGGUGCUUCCGCUCGCUUGUUUUACCUCCGCCGCGACAGAACCAGCGGAGCUUUUUUUAAAUUAUCUCUGCUGUCGCUGGUUCCAUACCAGGCGUCAAUGGUUUCACCGGCCCCACUCUCGGAGCCGCCGGUGCCGGCGUUUGUCGCCUGAAAGGCGGAGCGGCCUGUUUUGUUUUUCCCCCCACCGAGCCGCCAUGAAUCUCCGCGAACAAUAAACACAACCAUAAAUAACUGCGCCUGCCGUCGCCGAGCGGAGGGUUUCCUCUGGCCGCACCAUGCGCCACAAGCUGCGGGGAACACGGCAGGGACACGCAUGUGGAUAAAGGGCUUCCCGCGUCGGAGCUCGCCGCCAGCAGGAGCGCUUCAUCAUGGGGGUUUCGGAGCGACUUAACCGGCUGAAAGCGGCGCUUUGAGGCGGAGGAGAAGGAGGCUCCGCUCCGGACUUCUGCUUUUCCCCCCUUAAAUCUGUUUCAUGCGGACAGCAAACCUAAACGCUGUGUGCAUGGUAGGGCCUUCCAGGAGCUCCGGGACCGGGGGCAGCACGCCGCGGGUGGACGGGCUGGGGAACCCGGCUUCCUCUCGUUUAUGUGGGCUUGUUCACCGACGGAGAACCGACUGAGCCUGGUGCCUCCGUCUAUGCUCUCCCCGGAGCCGCCGGACUCCCAUCACACAGAUUUUUACCUCACGGAAAGCGGGAGUUGAUCGGGGAAUUUGUGUGUUUUUUUUUUUCUUUGGGGGGUUGUUUUUUUUUUAAGUGUUUUAACGUACUGAUCCACUUUAACGGACCGGAGCCUGCCAGCUGCGAUGAACCCGGUGAAUGCGACCGCUCUCUACGUGUCGGCGAGCCGCUCGGUGCUGCAGUGCGACCCCCGGGAUCCCCGGGAGCUGGCGGAGCUCUGCAAGGUGCUGCCGUUCUUCCGCCAGUCGCUGUCCUGCCUGGUCUGCGGUAACCUGCUGCAGGACCCCAUCGCUCCCACCAACUCGUCAUGCCAGCACUACGUCUGCCGCGGCUGUAAGGGCCAGAGGAUGCAGCUGAAGCCGUCCUGCAGCUGGUGCAAGGACUACACCCGCUUCGAGGAGAACCGGCAGCUCUCUUUGCUCGUCCACUGUUACAGGAAGCUCUGCCUCUACAUCACCCAGUCCCCGCUGGCGCCGCACCUCGCCAGCGCCGCCAGCGACUCGCCGGACCUCCAGGCCAUCCUGGAGGAGGGCCUGACGUUGGCUGAGAGCGAGCUGGAGGCGGAGGACGUCUCCGACUCGGCCUCGCCGUCUCAGACCGCCUCCACCUCCGAGGGGGUCCAGUCCGACGAGGCUCCGCCCUCCACGGAGGUCAAAGACGAGGAGCGGAGCCCCGCCGCCGUGAACGGCCUUCAUGACUGUAACGGGCUGGUCAGUUCGGACUCGCUGCAGCCCGUCGCCGUAGACACGGGCGGGGGCGUGGCCAAGCGGGAGAGCUUCCCAGAGGAGAUCCCGGUGUGUGUGAGCGUGGCGGCCAGCGGGGAGGCCGGGCUCUGCGACAUCAGCACUUUCGGGGACGACCUGAAACACGGCGGGGGGCCUCUGCUGCUGAGCGUGGAGGACGUUCUCAGGACUCUGGAGACGGACGCCGAGCCCGACGCCACGGCCGAGCCCGCCCCCCACCAGGACUACCACCCAUCAGUACCUCAGGCCGGCCUGAACGGGCCGCAUCGCCUCGACCCCUCCUGCCUCAUCCUGGACAGCGGCCCCCGUCUGCCCCACCCCCACCUGCUGCCUCCCCCGCAGCCCUCCACAGGCACCCCCCACGGGCCCCCGCGCUGCCACCGCAAGCGUUCCCGCUCAGAAAGCGACAGCGAGAAGGUGCAGCCCCUCAACAUUACCAGCCUUUUGCGGGGGCCCACACUCGGUGCCAUCGGCGCCCCCCACCACCCCAUUAACCCCGUUGCCACCACCAAACAUGAGCCCAAGUUCUCUGCCGCCACCCCGCACCCCCACCUCUCUCCCGUCCCCAACGGCGGCCCCCCAAAGGUGGGCAAGACUGUGCUGGUGCCCAACAAGGCUCUUAAAAAAACUAUGGAGCACCACGGGGCCAACAAGAAACCGUACGCAAAGGCCCGGCAAGGGGCCCCCAAACCUCGCACACAACCCCGUGACCGAGUGCCCCCACACCCCCACGCCCACCCGCUCUCUCACCCUCCGAGCCCCUCGAAGCCGCUGUACAAGAAACCUGUGGAGAAGAAGGGCUGCAAGUGUGGCCGGGCUACGCAGAACCCCUCAGUGUUGACCUGUAGGGGGCAGCGUUGUCCCUGCUACUCUAACCGCAAGGCGUGUCUGGACUGCAUCUGCCGCGGCUGCCAGAACUCCUACAUGGCCAACGGCGAGAAGAAGCUGGAGGCCUUCGCCGUGCCGGAGAAGGCCCUGGAGCAGACCCGCCUCACGCUGGGCAUCAACCUCACCAGCAUCACGGCGGCGGCCCUCCGGACCCCCGCCGGCGGCUCCCCGGGCGGCACCCUCCUCAACGUCACCACGGCAACCGGCGCGCCCGUCUCCGCCGCCUUCCUGUCGGGGGCCGGCCACGACAACCGGGCCUUCGAGGAUUCACUGGAAAUGCGGUUUGACUGUUGAGGUCCCCCCCCCCAUCCCCCAGCCCCCCCCACCUUCCUACAUUCCCAGGUGGACCUGCAGCGGCGGAGCCGGAACAAGGCAGCUACAGCGACGGGCGGUCAGAGCAGAAGAAGAAGAAGCAGGAGGACAGAGGUGUAGCGUUACUUUAUGUGCUGACAUUUGCUUUCAGUGAGAAUAGUUUCCUUUCUGUCGCUCUCUCUGCCUCGGGUAACCUGUGGAGGUGAGCCCCCCCCACCCCAUCCCUUCCCACCCCGGUUUGGAGACAGAGUCACCCACGUCAGACUGGUGUAAUUCACAGAAGACGUGAUUUUUUUCUACCCGGACGCAUCAGUUGAACGUUUUGUAAGCCAAUCAGGAGCAGAUCUGCAGUCAACCAGGAGGUUUUCACGUUGCUGAGGGCCGAUGGGAGCUGUGCCGGAGCACCAAGCACCACGGCUACCAUACUAGCUUCUCACCUGCUUAGCUGUAGAGCCAGGAUGUGAAUUUUAACACCACCAGCCAAGGUUUAAUAUGCCUGUUGAAUGUUUAUACUCUGUGAGCCACUCAAGCUACUAAAUAUUACUAUGAGAUGUUGUAUACUUACAGAAACAUGUAUUUAAGUAGUAAAAUUGUGAAUUUUAAGUCUGGAGGAAAAACAAGAAUCCCUGGUUUGCUGUUUUUUAAAUGUCGUCAUUUGUGUGUUUGUGAACAUGAAGCACUUUCUCACACUGGUCACACAGCGUAGAAACACACCGUGUUGCUUAUCUGCUCUUUGCGUGUCUGAAGUCUCUGGUUGAUUGCAGACGACGCUGGCUGGAGGAGACCGCUCCGGCUCUCCUCCCGUUCUUCCUCCGUCUCCUUUGCAUCAAACAGCGUCUGCGGUAUUUAUUCUCCCUCCAACGCCAGUCCCACCUCGGGCGUCCCGGUCCGGCCCGCUCUGCCCGGCGGCUCCUACCGGUUCUGUCUCGGUUCAGUUGCAGCCGCCUUCUUUAGUGUUUGUUUCCGGUGUCUCCAAACUGUUUUUGUUUGUUUCUCCCUCUGGGCAUUUAAAUAACUGUAAUAUAACUGUAACAUAUUUCCAUAAAAAAGAAAUGAAAAUCAGAAAA